AUGACCGUGGUGUCCCAGGAGAACCACGACGACACUGUGGUCGUAACACCUUUGUUGCAAGAUGCUGCUGCUGACUUGGAGACAGCGGAGCAGGAGUGCAGUGAGAGGGUGUUCAUCAACAUCUCCGGGCUGCGCUUUGAGACGCAGCUGAAGACCCUCUCCCGCUUCCCGAGCACGCUCCUUGGAGAUCCGCGCAAAAGGAUGCGCUUCUUCGACCCGCUGAGGAACGAGUACUUCUUCGACCGCAACAGGCCGAGCUUUGACGCCGUCCUCUAUUAUUACCAGUCAGGUGGGCGGCUCCGGAGGCCCAUGAGCGUCCCUGUGGAUAUUUUCCUGGAAGAAAUAAAGUUUUAUGAACUGGAGGAGGAGGUCAUAGAACUUUUCCGGGAGGAUGAGGGUUUAUCUGUGGAAGAGGACCGUCCUCUGCCCAACAACGUGUACCAACGCCAGCUGUGGCUCCUGUUCGAGUAUCCGGAGAGCUCAGGACCCGCACGGAUAAACGCCAUUGUCUCAGUGAUGAUUAUUUUAAUAUCCAUAAUCAUAUUCUGCUUGGAGACUUUACCCGAGUUCAGAGAAGUGCCCCCUCCAGUGCAGGAGACUAACGCCAAUGGGAGUGCGCACGGCAAAGAGCCCACUCCCUUCACAGACCCGUUCUUCAUGGUGGAGACACUUUGCAUCGUGUGGUUCUCUUUUGAAUUCACCAUGAGGUUCCUCUCGUGUCCCAGUAAAGCAGCCUUCUUUAAAAACAUCAUGAACCUGAUCGAUGUUGUGGCCAUAGCGCCCUAUUUCAUCACCCUGGGCCUUGACCUCGCAGAGCACCAGGGCAGCAGUCAGCAGGCUGCCUCUCUGGCCAUACUGAGGGUCAUCCGCCUGGUCCGCGUUUUCAGGAUUUUUAAACUUUCCAGACACUCAAAGGGUCUCCAGAUUCUCGGCCAAACGCUUCACGCCAGCCUCAGGGAGCUGGGACUGCUCAUAUUCUUCCUGAUCAUCGGAGUGGUUUUAUUCUCCAGCUCGGUUUAUUUCGCAGAAGCAGAAGACCCUGAAUCAGUAUUUAUAAGCAUCCCUGAUGCGUUCUGGUGGGCCGUGGUGACAAUGACCACGGUUGGAUACGGGGACAUGUGUCCCUCCACCAUCGGGGGGAAAUUCGUUGGAUCUUUGUGCGCCAUCGCCGGAGUGCUGACCAUUGCUCUACCCGUCCCUGUCAUAGUGUCAAACUUCAAUUACUUCUACCACAGAGAGAACGAGGACGAGGAAAAUGUCCAGUACGUGCACGUGGCAUGCGGACAGCAGCAGUCCUCGUUAAGUGAAUGUGAUUCAAUCAAAAGUAACCAGUCGCUGUCCAAAACCGAGUCCUCUCUAGGAAGCGACGACUUGGAGAUUUUGACACAUCCAAACGUCACGUCGGUGGAGACACACGGAGGGAGACUGACAGAUGUUUAA